AUUCACAAAUGGGAUUUAUUAUGCAAACAAAAUUUUAUUUGCAUAUAAAUAUAAUGCUUUAUUAUAAGGUUAUUGUGGUUUAGUGUCGAGAGGAAAAUUAACUGAAGGUGUUGCACUUACUUUUGCGUCCAGUAUUCUUUGUUUUGUUGUUUCUUAAUGAAAAUACAUCGGUGCAGUGAAAUUUGUGAGCGCUACAUCAUUCUUUGAAAACCAGAAGAACCUGACCUAACCUAGCUAGGGGUGCCGUUCCCCUGGACCUCCCAUUGUGUAAAGAACUUAAUUAACAAAUACAGGAGGAUAAAGUGAUGCCACUUGAUUAAGGAAGUGGAUCAGUGUGGUGUUCAGACACCUUAAACCAACAAUUACAUGAUCUCUUCAUCUUGGGGAGUGUGUUUCUUACUGCAUUACCAAGUGUGCCGAUCUUCACAAUACUGACUCUGAAUUACACCGUGGAUACUUGAAAGGAGAACACCAGGAACUCUGAAGAUGUCAACAGCUAUGGCUUUGUUCUCAAAAACUCACUGAAUUGCAUGCCAAUCAGCCAAGAAGCAACCUUCAUAGAGUGAUGCCAUCUUGCAAUUAUGCAAUUCAAUUUUCAGAUCUUGCCCACAAGUCUCCCUCUGAUUGGCUCACAAGAAUCAAGUGACAUCCAAACUCCCAGUGAUUGGCUGAGUAAUAAGUUGGCAACAUGGACUAGGAAGAGUCAAGAAUGUUCGUAAAGUGGCCUGUGUAUGACGCAAUAGUAUGAGGGAGGGUAUAUUAAAUUACGCCAAAAUAAGUCGUCGGAGCAAACGGGUUGUGAGUGUGCGAUUCUCCCACACUCGAAGAUGGUGGUGUGGACUAUUGCUUGGAGUGGUCCUGGGGUGUGCAGUGGCAGCCACCAUAUUAACCAGGCUCGAUGGUUCAGAUCCCACAAAUGUAUUAGGACUUACGCCACGAGAAGUGCGCCUAGCGGAGCGAGUAAGGGAGAUGGAACAGCAGAACCAGCUGUUGAGAAGACAGCUGAGCAUCUCCCAAAACCAGCUGAUCCAAGCCUGGGGAGCUGAGGGGGAAGAGAACACAGACAAGCUAGGGGAUGGAACAGGGAAUGGGGAGCAAAGUGCUACUAAGUGCAAAGAAAAGGAAUUUGGUGUGCCAAAAUGUGAGGUGCUUCAAAUAGCUAUAGUGUGUGCAGGAUACAAUUCCUCUCGAUCAGUGGUGACUCUCCUCAAGUCACUCUUGUUCAACCGACGUAAUCCUCUACACUUCCAUAUGAUUGCUGAUGCCAAAGCUCAAGUUGUACUUCAUACACUUUUUUCAUCUUGGAAUGUCCCUCAUGUUGAGGUGAGCUUUUAUUUAACGGAUAAUUUGGCUGCUGAUAUCUCAUGGGUUCCAAAUAAACACUACUCUGGAGUGUUUGGACUCAUGAAACUUACUCUCAACAAAGCUCUUCCAUCAACACUCAAGAAAGUGAUUGUCUUAGACACAGAUAUUACAGUGGCCACAGACAUUGCAGAACUGUGGAAUCUAUUUUCAAAAUUUGGACCAAAACAGUAUAUAGGCUUGGUGGAAAAUCAGAGUGACUGGUACUUGGGUAAACUUUGGAAAUCUCAUCGUCCGUGGCCAGCUCUUGGAAGAGGUUAUAACACGGGCGUUAUUCUCAUCCGGCUGGAUGUCAUGAGACGAAGCAAAUGGUCCCAAAAAUGGAAACUCAUUGCUGAAAGGGACUUGACGACUCUUUUCUCCACCCAGCUUGCUGACCAGGAUAUUAUAAAUGCAGUAAUUAAGCAACAUUCAGAGAUUGUGUACAACCUCCCAUGUCAGUGGAAUGUGCAGUUAUCAGAUAAUACUCGUUCAGAGUUGUGUUACCUGGAAGUGAUGGACUUGAAGGCAAUUCACUGGAACUCACCAAAGAAAUUAAAGGUAAAAAAUAAACAUGUUGAAUUUUUUCGAAAUUUGCACCUCACCUUCCUGGAGUAUGAUGGCAAUCUACUUCGCCGCGAACUGUUUGGCUGCAACAAUUCAAGAUCUAUCACCUCAUCCAACUCACUGGCACAGUUAAACGAAGAAGAUGAAUGCUAUGAGUUCCGCCGUGCCCGCCAGACGAACUAUCGUACGCACUUAUUCUUCCUGGACUAUGAAUAUGAUCCCACAACAGAUGGUUAUGAUGUAACACUUGUUGCUACACUUUCCAUGGAUCGUUUACAGAUGGUAGAACAGCUGCUAACCCACUGGGAUGGUCCCGUGAGCCUAACGUUAUACAUGUCAGAUGCAGAAGCUCAGCAGUUCCUAUCCUACACUCAGAGCUCAGAGAUCAUUGCCACCAGGAAGAAUGUGGCAUAUCAUGUAGUCUACAAGGAAGGGAAUUUUUAUCCUGUCAAUUUCCUUCGUAAUGUCGGCGUGCAACAUGUAAACACACCAUAUGUCUUCCUCACUGACAUUGACUUCCUGCCCAUGUUUGGCCUGUACGUCUACCUACGAAAAACACUUCAAAACAUACAUCCUGAUGACAGCAAAAAGGCAUGGGUUGUACCAGCCUUUGAAACACAGCGUUACCGCCUAUCAUUCCCGCGCAGCAAGGCAGAACUCCUGAACAGACUUGACAUGGGAGAACUGUUUACUUUUAGAUAUCAUGUUUGGACAAAGGGUCAUGCACCAACCAACUUUGCCAAGUGGAGAACUGCUACCACUCCUUACAAGGUUCCAUGGGAACAGGAUUUUGAACCAUAUAUUGUAGUGCGGAAGGAUGUUCCAGAAUAUGACACACGUUUUGUUGGUUUUGGAUGGAAUAAGGUCUCACACAUAAUGGAACUUCAUGUGAUGGGCUUUGAAUUCAUUGUUCUACCCAAUGCCUUCAUCAUUCACAUGCCACAUGCACCUAGUCUUGACAUUGCUAAAUUUCGCACAUCACCUCAAUAUAAGCGAUGUGUGAAAAUUCUGAAGAGGGAGUUUGUUGAUGACGUUAAUCAGAAACACAAUAGUGACAUUGCUCUCCAGUAAGUGUUGAUAAUGAAAUGUUCUCACAUCUCAAAAAUUUUACACCAUUUGUCAAAAAAAUUUCCAAGUGAUACCAAUUUAUAGUGAGGAAUUAGUAGAUUCAUUAUGAAAAUUUUUACCCAAUAGAAGUGCACAGGAAAAAAUAUCAUUCAAAUGAAUAAUUAUUUUGUGAUGAGUUGAAGAUUUUUUUAUUCUGGACACAAAUGACUUUAGUGCAGCGUAUGGUUAUUCAUUGGUCAUAGUAUCUCUCCUAUAAUGUAUUCAUUUUGUUCAAUUAACAAACGACUUUUCGAAUGCAUAUUAUAUAGUACAUACCAUUUGCCACAAAGUAGUACAGCAUUUCUUAUGUUAUCCUUGUUUAACCAAAACUUCUGUAACAAGUAUUGUCUUCAAAAAUUUAUGCCACAGAGAUGCUGCUGCUUAUGGUAUUUGUGCAUUAUUAAUCCUUAACAGUAAACAUAUCUGUAAAAGCUUGGAUGUGCAAAGACUUCACACCAACCGUUAUAUGGUCUCAAAAGUGCCAACAGUUAGGAGGUUAGAAGAUAUCUUAUAGGAAUAUUUGCUUCACUGUGUGUAAGCAUUUCAUACAACUUCUUAAGUUAUUGAUUUUGCAUGACAACGAACAAACAAAACUGUUUCAAGGUUAUGUGAUACAGUAAAUGUGGCCAAAGACACUCUUUUUUGUAUUUAAGAGUUAUUUUCUUGAUGUAUUUCAGCUUCAUGUCCACUUUGAAUGUUUGACUUGGGUUCAUCACUUCAGUAGUCUCAUUACAGCAUCUACCAUAUAUGGUUGCACAACCAAGAAAUUGAGAUUAUUUAAACUAACAAUUAUUUAUUUAGAAAAAAAAGUUUUUAGUUAACUUCAUAUGAAGCGUUCCACAUGACAGGGAGUUUCAUUUUUUUUUUUUUUUUUACUGUAAAUACUGUAGCCAUAAUUUUGCCAAAUAUUAACCUAUUAAGAAGACCAAGGUCUCAUUUGAAGGGUUUUCUAUCGAAGAAUUCAUCAAUAUUGAUGCACGAAGUAUGUGGUGUCUUUAAUUAUUAAAAAAAAAAUUAUAAGUAACCUAUCAUACCUUACUACCCCUAAUAUCAUGAAUUAUUAUCCCAUUUCAUUGAACAUGGUCUCAUUUUAAGGUAACUUUUUUUACCGAAUACUGUACAUCCAUAAUAAGGAAAGUAUUAGGGGGUCCAUAAAUGCAUAAAAAAAGAGGAAUAAAGUACUUUUAUCACAUUGUGUAUAUAGGAUGGUGUGUGCAUGUAACCGAGUAAAAAUAAAUGAAGAAAGUUACGUAUAUCUACCCGAAAAUAAGAAAUAAAAAAACAACCAUAGCACCAGUAGCCUGGUGGUUAUAAUGACGAGUCUAACCUGGCUACAAUUUUGCCAGUGAUAUUAACAGAUGCAAAUGUGAAAAGAAAGUUAUUUGUAUCAGGUAUUUGUAGAUUUAAAAAUAAAUGCUGCAGGUAUGGCAUUAAAAGAUUGUAAUGCUUAUAAGAGUUCAGAAAUAGUAAUUGCUUGGCUACCUCUGAAGAGUUGGGUUUCUGCCUUACGGACGAUAAUCAUCUCAGAUCAUCAUCAUCAGUAUAGUAGUUAUAAAUCGAGCUUUAUAUUUACAUUAAUUUGUUUUUAGUAUUAUUAUUUAAAAAUAAUAAUAAUGUGUUUAAGUAAGCAAUAACAUAUUUUUAAUUCUGGAGUUAGGUUAGGUAGAAUUUAGCCUACUGGACACAGCAACUGAGGGAUUCAUUAGCUUACGAGAGACCUCAACUUCACAUAUAGGAUGCAGACUGAUUUUAUUAGCCAUUUCUCAGAGAAAAAAGUGCGUCUUAUAUGCCGUAAAAUAUGGUAUAAAAAAUCACUUGGAUUUUGUUGAUACCCAAGGCAGCAAAGCACCCACAAGCACAUGGCUGGCCCACAACAUGAGCAGCAAUAGGUUGUGAUGUUCUCACACAAACAUAGGCUUGACCAGUGAUCCUUUUCCUCUUUACUUCCACACUUCUUUGACACUUCCGUGAGUAACCAGACACUCCAGGCUGAUUAUCACCAUCACUGCUACUCAUUAUGAGGGCAAUAAUACAUCAAAAAGUAUAAAAUAUUAGAGUACAUAAGUGAAACAUGCAUUCACUGCUGCUUGAAUGAUGAAACUGAGGCUGUGUAAGAGACGCUCAUUGGCUGGCCAAGCGUCAAGUGACACCAAUUGGACGGCAGCAAAUAUAGUCUUCUUUCGCCCAGUCACAUGGUCUCAAAAGCCUUGUAUACAAGGUGGAUUUUCGAAUUAAUAGGUGCGAGCCCACCAUACGAUGUCAAGUCUUGUACAGUACUAUAGAGCAUGAACUGAGCUAUCUGGAGACAAAAUACGAAUUUUUCGACCCUUGUCAUGCGGAGCGCCUCAUUUAAGGGCUGAUGCUGUAAUGUAUUAUUCACUGGAUUUUUUUUUAUACAAUGUAUCCUUUGAAGAAAAAUUACCAAAGAUUAUCACAAUUGCUUCAAUAUUUUGGCUCACUAAAGCACUCACUGUAGACCCAAGAUUUUUUAUUUCAAGAUUCUUGCAUUUAACUUCAGGUAGCUAAUAAUAGCUAGUGAAUAUGGAUAUAACAUAUGAAUCUUCAGUAAACUUAUUUUUUAUAUUCUGAAAAAUAUGUAAGUUUUGGGUAACUUAUUAGAAUUAGGUAUGUGUAUAGGGUUUAAUAGGCAAAGGUUUACAAGCUUUCUUGUAUUCACUUCAGGGUUUUAUCAUACACCAGCAUUUAUAUGAUUUAUAAUAUUUUUGUAAGUAAUCUGUACUUGCCAUGUGCAGACACCAAUUUAAAAUAUUCUGCAUAGACCUUCCAGUCCACAGAAUGUAAUGGUUGUAAUAGAUCUCUUUUAUACAUGUCUUCCAUUUUAAUGGAAUGAAUGAUGAGAUCAGUACAAAAUUGUGCAGCCGAAGUGUUGGUUUUACAACACCAUCAACUUGUGCUAAAAGGUCACCAUCAAUUACUGAAUCUCUUGUAUGGAUGUAAAAGUUUUCUUUUGCAGUACUAUAUAGGACUAUUAUCUUUACUGUACAGUAUGUAUUUAUCUUUCUUCAUGAAGUAAUUUUUCUGUUAAAAUCUUGAUGAUCCUUCUCAUUGCUUCUUAUUUCAUAUGAGUAAACAAAAUUUGUUCAUUGUAUCUACAGUAUUUAUUGUUUUGUAAGUACACAUGUAAAAUUUUCUCAUUUCUUUUGCACAAUUUAUAUAUAAAUUGGCAAUGAUAGACCAGAAAUGGAAUUAUCUUAAGCAUUUUGUAAUGUGGGCAGUUAAUGGAUUUCACGAAGUAAGAGCUUAUUGAGAUGUAUCAAGUUUUCUUAGAGGACAGCUAGCUGCUUUUAUGGUAUUCCUUUGUAAUUAUUGGUUCACUUGUAACAGUACAGUUCUUUGGAACUGUGUUGCAGAAUCUUGAAUGUUGUAUGCUAUGAAACAUACGAAAUUAUGAGAGUUGAUAAAAAUCAAAUUUUAUCAGAUGUAUUGCUCUGGAGGGGUCUGCAAAAAUUACAGGGGAAGCCUUUGUGGAGUUGUGAACAUAUGGAUAGAAUGAGUAUUUAUUAUACUGUACUGCAGGGGAAGAUUGUAGAGGGGAGGGGUGGCUGGUUACUGUGGUGGUAUGGGGUAGUAUUUACUGUUUCUGUAAACACUGCUGUAACAGGAAAUGUCAUUUAUGACUGAAAGUGUUAGACUGAAAUGCCUCCUUCAGUUUACAUUUAUAAUAUAGUUUGCAAGCUUCGUUUAUAAAUAAUGCCCUUCCAAGUAAUUUUAAACCAAAGUUAUUGUUAUGCAGAUCUUUAACUAUAGUGUACAGUAUUUAUUUCUGACAGACAUUUUAUACAUUUUCAUCCAAGUUAUAUUAUUGCAAGACUUUCAAUGUUUAUAAAACAUCACAGUAAUAUUUCAUUACAAUGAUUAAACCUAUUGUACUGUACCCAGAUCUUCUGAUUCUCUAACACAAGACAGUAUUACAACAAGUGGGUUAGUGGGUUUACAGUAUAGAAUUUAGAACCCUAUACUGUAGUUGAACAUGACAUCUUGGUAGCCCCAAUACUAGUCCACUAUUUUCCAUAAUGAGUCAUUGAAUAUGUCUAGAAGAUUCUGAAGUAUUUAAGUUGGAUAAUGCUAAAUAUUUUGAAGGCCAAAAUAAAACAGGGAUUGAUUCCAGUCAAGUAGAUAGGGGAAAUAUUUUGUGGUCUAAUCAGUUACAAAGGAAACUCAUGUUACAUUAUUUGUUUUCCAGGCUUAUGGAAAGCAUUGUAAAUGUUAUUUCCAACUGAAAAGCACAAAUAUUUCCAUAAUUUCAGUGAAGUUCCAGUUAUGACAGUGAAUGUUCCCUAUUUUUUCUUAAUACUGUACUUGUACACCAGAUAACACUGUCAAGUAGGGCUAUGCUUAUUUACUGACGUUUUACGUUCACAGGUUCAUUUUUAUGCAGUAAUACAUAUUUGCAUCUGUACUGCUCGGUGGAUUUUCAUCACUGUCCUAUUCAUACAUGAUCUUUAUAUUUUGAACUUUUAAUUUACAAAUAUUUUUUGUCCAUACUGUAUGUACUGCAUCUUGAAAAUGAAAUUUUGAGUGGA